AUGAGUUAUUUUGGUUAUGGCACUUGGAACACUGGAGCCACCAACACUCAAGGUACCUAUGGGACGAAUGCGACGAGCUGGCAAGGCUAUGAGGGCUACGACUACUACAACACCCAAACCACCGCCGCCAACACCGCAGCCUCCUACAACUACGCUCCUGCCAGCUCCAGCAGCUGGGAAACCCACAAAGCUUCGGAUCUGAGCCUCAAUGCUGAUGUCGGCUCUUCCAUGCACAUCAGCUCCUACGGCCCCGAGCACUCCGCCAACGAGAACUCGGAUUCCAUCAUCGCCAAGAUCAACCAGCGCCUGGAUAUGCUGUCGAAGGAGGGCAGCGGUGGCACGGGGGACGGGUUGGAAGACCAGGAGAGCUCUUUCAGAUACGAGUCCUUCGACUCCUACGACUCGAGGUCCUCCAUGAACGACCGGGACAUGUAUCGCCCCGGCUACGACUACGGCGACGUCGGCGCCGACCGGAACGAUUCCUUUGGGAGCCAGUUUGACCGCAGGGAUCAGUCACGUACCAGAGGGAACAACUACGGGCUCCUACGGGGCCGGGCUCAGAACCGCAUCCAGAACCGCGGGCGACUCAACGCCUUCAACCGCAGCGAGCACUUCAUGCCCUCGUCCAGCUCCGAGCGCCUCUCGGCCCGUUGGAAUGAGCUGAACUACAUGGGAGGGCGUGGGAUGGGGGGGGCCGGAUCCAACAGGCUCCCUUCCCUCUUUUCCCAAGCCCUUGUUCCCGAUUAUGGUGACUACGGAGAUUACGGCGACUACGGCGACUAUGGGGAUUACGGCGACUAUGGCGACUACGGCGAUUACGGUGACUACGGAGACUAUGACUAUGGCAUGAUGGGGAUGUCGGGCAUGGGAAUGGGACGGUAUGGGAAUAUGCCGUAUGGAAUGGGGAGGCAACGGAACAGAGACAGGAUGGGGUCGGUGCCCUGGCACAUGAACACGCUCAUGCCCAAGAGAAGAGGGUUCCGGAACCGUUCCGGAGGGCGGUCGGAUGGAGAGGGGGGAGGACGCAAGAGGAAACAGUCCCAGAGCGGGGACGAGCCUGACAGCAAACAGGCAAAGACUGACAGUGAAGGAGAUGACACCGACAACGCAGAUGAGGGAGAAGGAGAGGACAAAUCAGGAGAUGAAGCAGACAAAGCAUCAGGAGAUGGCUGUGAGGAUGAUGAUGAGGAGAUGAAAAAGAAGAGGGAGAAGCAGCGGAGAAGAGACCGGAUGCGCGAUCGCGCCAUGGACAGGAUCCAGUUUGCCUGUUCUGUCUGCAAGUUCCGCAGCUUUGAGGAAGAGGAGAUCCAGAAGCAUCUCCAGAGCAAAUUCCACAAGGAGACCUUGAGGUUCAUUGGUACCAAGCUCCCGGAUAAAACAGUGGAGUUCCUGCAGGAAUACAUCGUCAACAGGAACAAGAAGAUCGAGAAGCGGCGCCAGGAGCUGACCGAGAAGGAGGGCACAAAGCAGAAGCCAGAUCCUUUUAAGGGCAUUGGCCAGGAGCACUUCUUCAAGAAGAUCGAGGCAGCUCACUGCAUGGCCUGUGACAUGUUAAUUCCUGCACAGAACCACCUCCUCCAGAGGCACCUGAGAUCUGCUGAUCACAACAGGAACCGCAGGAUGGCUGCAGAGCAGUUCAAGAAAACCAGUUUACACGUGGCUAAGAGCGUCCUGAAUAACAAACACAUCGUGAAGAUGCUGGAAAAAUACCUCAAGGGAGAAGAUCCCUUUACAGAUGAAAUCACGGAUCAAGACGUGGAUGAAGCUUUGGAAGGGGGAGACGGCGCCGGGGAAGGAGCGACCGAAGCCACCGCGGCCGCCACCGCUGAGGUCUCCCAGGAAGGGGAAGGAGGAAGCGGGGAAGCGCCGGAAGCAGCCGAACCUUCCCAAGAGUUUUCCAAAGCUGAGGAAUUCCUUAAGAAGUUGGGGGAGCAGCAGGAUCAACCCCCCAAACCGCUCCUGAUGCCCCCGUUCCUGCAAGACGACGAGCUGGAAGCGGAGGAGAUGACAUCGGAGGUGACGUCGGAAGCGGCGCCGCCGUCGGAAGCGCCCGAAGAGCCCCCAAAAUCGGUGGUUUCUCCCCAAAACGAAACUGAGGAUUGCGCAGGAAAAGAGGAGGAGGAGGAAGAGGAGGAAGCGGCCGGUAGGAGUGAGGAGGAAGAGGAGGAAGAGGCUCCAGCGGCAGCCACGGAGCCGCAACCGGAGUAACUGUGAAUGGGUGCGAAGGUGAUGGUAGAGGCUGUGAUUCUGGGUUGAUGAUGAGGGUGAUUAAUUAGAGUUUGAUUAAUUAGGGGGGGGUGUGUUAAUUAAAGGGGAAGGGCCCAGCCAUGGCCUUGAGGAGCUUCCCUCA